GGUGCAUUUGGACCCCCAGGUCAUCAAGGCUUACCAGGUCCGAUGGGCCAGCCAGGCGAAAUGGGGGAACCUGGUAUGCAAGGGCUUCGUGGGGAUCACGGAGCUGAUGGUCUUGAAGGAGAGAAGGGUGAGAGGGGGCCACCGGGAGAUUUUGGAAUACCUGGAUUUCACGGAAGUCCGGGAAAAGAUGGUGAGUCUGGAGAAAAGGGAGUCAAAGGCAUUCCGGGAUGUCCAGGUAGCAGGGGUGAUGCUGGCGAACCUGGAAUAUUCGGAGAGGUUGGAGCCGAUGGAACUCCAGGUCGUCCAGGAGAAUCCGGCAAUUCAGGAGAGCCCGGUGAUUCCGCUCCUGGUCUGAAGGGUGUAAAGGGAGAAGCUGGCGAACUCGGUGACAAAGGCCUGACGGGUGAAGAAGGUCAGCCCGGGCCUCGUGGAGACCCUGGUCCACCUGGAGACCCUGGACCAAGAGUAAGCAUUGUUUAUUUUGUUGAUCGAUGGGAAUAUAAACUUCUCUUAUCCUGA